UUUCCGUGCUGUCAGUUCCUUCGCUUCCAGUUCCGUCCUUUAUACUGUUGCGAUCACACUACGGACAUUGAGUAUAAACCACCGUCGUAAACCAGAAUUAAAUUCCGUACAGCAGGGAUCUGACUUCAAUCCCUUCGCGAAAUCCACAAGACAAGGAUUACCUGUCCAACACUCAGGGAUGGAAUACUUUCCCACUUUUAUUGUCCUCCUGGCGAGUUUCUUGCUUCGGAGCUCCUUUGCUUUCCAACCACCAAAUGUCAUUAUCCUCUUCGCGGAUGAUUUGGGCUUGGGAGAUCUGGGCUGUUACGGGCAUCCGAGUUCGUUAACUCCUAACUUGGAUAAAAUAGCAGUCAAAGGGCUGCGUUUUACUGACUUCUACAGCACCAGUCCCGCAUGUAGUCCUUCCAGGGCAGCAUUGUUGACGGGACGAUACCAGACCCGCUCCGGAAUAUACCCGGGUGUGUUCUAUCCGGGCUCCAGGGGAGGGCUCCCUCUGAAUGAAACCACCAUAGCAGAGGUCCUGAAUCCUCUGGGCUACGCUACCGCCAUCAUUGGCAAAUGGCACCUUGGUGUGGGGCCAGACAGGAUGUACCUCCCAACCAAUCAGGGCUUUGAUCACUAUCUCGGCAUACCCUACUCCCAUGACCAGGGUCCUUGUCAAAACCUGACCUGCUUUCCUCCUGACAUUAAGUGUUUUGGGACGUGUGACCAGGGUGUUGUGACAGUCCCCCUGUUUGCCAAUGACACCAUCAAGCAGCAGCCUGUUAGCUUCCCAGAUCUGGAGAAGUCUUACAGCGACUUUGCCACCCAGUUUAUCAUGACAAAUGCCAGGAGAAAGCAGCCCUUCUUCCUCUACUACCCAUCACAUCAUACCCACUACCCCCAGUUUGCAGGGAAGGUGACAACAGGGAAGUCCCACAGGGGGCCAUUUGGGGACUCCCUGAUGGAGUUUGACAGUACUGUAGGGGACAUCAUUCAGGCCCUGGUUGACAGUGGUGUUCACAACAAUACAUUUGUGUUCUUCACUGCAGACAAUGGGCCAGAGCUCCUGCGCAUGUCUCGUGGAGGAAAUGCGGGCUUGCUCAAGUGUGGAAAAGACACCACCUACGAGGGAGGUAUGAGGGAGCCUGCCAUCGCAUACUGGCCCGGGAGAAUCCAAGCAGGUGUCACACAUGCACUUACCAGCACUCUGGACCUCCUCCCCACCGUUGCAAGGCUGGCAGGGGCAAAACUACCCAGAGUGCAACUGGACGGAUUUGACAUGAGUGACAUCUUAUUCCGACAUGGACCGAGCAAGAGGGAAGCUAUGUUCUACUACCCCACAGGUGCCAGUGAGAAGCAUGGACCAUUUGCUGUGCGGCUGGGAAGGUUCAAGGCUCACUACUUCACAGCAGGUUCUAUAAAAAGCAGCACCACCCCAGAUCAGGACUGCCACGAGACCGCCCACCUCAAGUACCAUGACACCCCGCUGCUCUUUGACCUGGAGACCGACCCUUCCGAGAACUACAACCUGGCCACGCCCGAUCACCCGGAGUACAAGGCCGUGCUGCAGCUGAUCCAGGAUGUGAAGACGGACUUCGAGGGGGGCAUGGUGUUCGGGGAGGCCCAGGUGGGGAAGGGAACUGACCCUGCACUGGAGCCCUGCUGCGCCCCACAAUGCACCCCCAAACCCACCUGCUGCAGCUGCAGCUAGAACAGUGCUGAGACAGAAAUGAGAUUAAAUGGAGAUAAAGAUCAGGUGGAUAAA